CUACAGAUCCCAGCAUGCACUUCAGUCCGCGGUGCUUCCUCAUCGAACCCAGCGGUGUGGUGACCUGCAGCCAUGGACAGGGAGGUGAAGGCUUUAAUAUUUGACCUGGACAACACGCUGAUAGAAACCAGCAGGGCCGGUGCACUGGCGAUACGAAAGACCAGUGAACUUCUGAAGACGACACUGGGCCUCGAUGACGACACCAUCAGCAGCAUUUGUGACAAGUUCAAGCAGAAGCUUUUCCGUGAGUGUUUUGAGCCUGCAGCAGGACGAUCCAUAGAUGAUGUACGAGAGGGUCACUGGGAGGAGAGCCUCCAGGAGACAGUGGGCAGUAUUCUCACGCCCUCUCUCGCAGCUCAGUGCUACUCUCUGUGGAAAAACAGACGGCUGGAAGUUCUCAGUCUGUCCCCUCAAAUCUGCGACCUCCUGAAACAACUGCGCAGCAGAUACAAGCUGCUGCUGCUGACCAACGGGGUAGCUCAGACCCAGAGAGAGAAAGUGGAGGCAGUCAAAUGUGAGGAGUUCUUCGAUGCCAUUGUGAUUGGGGGGGAACAUGCAGAGCAGAAACCAUUCCUCUCCAUCUUCACACUGUGUUUCAACAUGCUGGGGGUGGAGGCCCGGGACUGUGUUAUGGUUGGAGACUCUCUGGACACAGAUAUUCAGGGGGGCUUUAAUGCUGGAGUACGGGCCACAGUUUGGAUCAGUAGUGCUGGAGGUGCAGUGCCAGAGGGCUCAGUGAAACCAGACUACACUGUCCCCACUGUGUUAGACCUGCCACAUGUACUGGAACAGCUGAAUUAAGAGUCAAAUGGUGACUGGAACCAUGUGACAUCAUCAAGUGGGAUCUCGUGAAAAUGUUUAAAGAUGAAUGUCAUGAUCUGGACAUCUCUCAGCUUUAAUUUAUUUUAGGCAAUCUAUUGAUGUUUACAUUUUUUAAAAAACUUUUAUUUGUAUACACCUCAACAGAAUGUGUCAUUCACUCCAUCACAUGCUGGUCAUUUCUCCAAAGUUUCUGCUAAUAAAACACUGGACAAAGCA